GACCUCAAGGACUGGCCUAGUAACACCCAAAGUGCCCUGGUCGUGACUCUCAGAGUUGGCAAAGAGCACUGCACCCCGACAACGGGGAAGGUACUCGACCCGAAGUGCAGGACCCUAACCCAGGGAGCGGGGAAUGCCCAGGGGCACGGUUCAGAGAGGCUGCGGCCUCAGACCCAGCCAGCAAGAGAGAGCCGGUCCCCAUCCCUGUCCCAGCUGCUGAGUUCCAGGCCGAGUUGCAGAAAGAUCCCUCCUUGCGGAAGCACAGGGACCGGGCUGACCUUAGUGCGGUACAGACCAUGAGGAGAGGUUGCAAGGAGAGGUUCCUGUGGGAGAAGGGGUUCCUGUACCGAGAAUGGGCUCCCCCAGGGGAAGUAGAGUCAUGGGGGAUCAGGAGGCAGCUGGUGGUCCCCCAGAAGUUCCGUCACAAGCUGCUGUACCUGGCCCAUGACAUCCCUCUCGCAGGGCACCAGGGAAUCCGGCGCACCAGGCAGAGGCUGCUACAGAACUUUUACUGGCCUGGGGUCUUUACCCAUGUCCGACAGUACUGCCAAUCCUGUGACCCCUGCCAGAGGGUGGGGAAGGCCCGGGACAAGGGGAAAGCGGCUUUGAGGCCUUUACCCAUCAUAGAAGAACCUUUCCAGAAGGUGGCCAUGGACAUAGUGGGACCCCUCAGCGAGACGACCCAGUCAGGGAAGAAAUACAUCCUGGUGGUGGUGGAUUUUGCCACUCGCUACCCCGAGGCGGUGGCCUUGUCCUCUAUCGAAGCAGACACAGUGGCAGAUGCGCUGCUGACAAUUUUCAGCCGGGUGGGGUUCCCCAAGGAGGUCUUAACGGACCAGGGGUCCAACUUCAUGUCGGCCCUGCUCCGGUCCUUAUGGCAGAAAUGUGGGGUCCAGCACAACUGGGCCUCAGCGUAUCACCCCCAGUCCAACGGGUUGGUAGAAAGUGCUGCUGGAGCAGCCUGGAAGCAGCCCCAGGGGCCUGGCCACGGCCCACGGAGGCCGACCCAGCCCGGCACUUACGGGAAACCUUUGGCCUUCCUGGCAGUCCAUCCCCCAGGGCUGGCCAUUAACUCGCUGCCCCUGGGCCAGGGCAGCCCUGUUUACUCAGCCACAUAA